AAUAUGACAAUGGGAUAAUAAUCAACGCAACAGAUUUCAAUUUAAAGCAGCCUGUCACGAUGCACAUUAAUGCUGCAGCCAAAAACCAAGCAAACACCAAGAGGGCCAUGUUUCAACGCAACAAAUAAUAAUGGUGUCCAGAUUUUCAGCACUCAAGUCAGCGACUCAGCGGUGCAGCAUUAAGAUUAGCCACAAAGGGUCCUCCUUUAUUCUCAAGGGCGAUCAAGUACAUCUACUGGGUGCCGUCCAAAAUGGCCAUUCUGAAGUCUUGUAUGAGUUGAAUCUGUCAUUGUCUUCUCCUACAGGGUCCAGACUAGUCUAGCUAGCGACUCUUUUGUCUUCGAUGAGCAAUUUUGUACGGUUCCCAUCACUGAUAGACAACUGGGACGAUGGAUUCAUGAUUCUGGAUUAGCUGUGAUGAUUUACGGUCGGAAAGAUGCUUGGUAUAUAUAUGUUUAGCUUGUAGUUAUGGUGUAAAUCAACAAAGAGAAAAAGCAGAACUCGCUAUCCAAUACUAAGCUCCAACUAUGUACAAGUUUAUAUAUUCAUACUCUCCGUUAAGUAGUUGCUGCCGUGAAUAAUGUCCGGCGGCGACAGCACAUGACACUGUGACAUUUCGAUGAAUGACUCGACACAAUCCUCACAAUGUCAUGUGGGCUGAUCCUUCCCUUGCACCGUACGGACUCUAAUUCGAAGGGCAACUUUUCUAUUUUCCCAAGUAACGUCUUUAACUGUUACCUUAACCAAUCACGAGCUGACACGCUGACACACCAUGCCCUUUGUAUGUUAGCUUCUUGGCAAAUCACCGCCUACCUUGUUUCGGUUUAUAGACUCCUGGAAAGUGGAAACUUCACUCUGUUUGUUCUCACACACUCUCUCUUUCUUCACUUUUUACUCUUCGUUUUGGAGUUGUUGGAGACUUUGAGAACACAAAGAGAAAAUGGAUGAUGAAUUUGCAAAGUUUAUUAGAAGAAUCAACCCUCCAAGAGUUGUUGUUGACAAUGAUGCCUAUGAGCAUGCUACCUUCAUACAGGUUGAUAGUGUCAAUGGGCAUGGGCAUGGUAUUCUCCUUGAAGUUGUCCGGGUUCUUUCAGACCUGAACCUCGUUGUAACCAAAGGAUAUAUCUCAUUUGAUGCAGGAUGGUUUACGGAUGCUAUUUUUUUCAGUGUUCUAUUGACAAAUAAUCAAGGCAACAAAAUUAUAGAUGAACAGACCCUCAGUUAUAUACAGGAGACUCUUGAAAAUAAAGUAUACUUGUUAAAUUCAAGGAGGAGUUCUGUUAGUGUAAGUCCUUCUAAAGAGCAUACCUCAAUAGAACUAACUGGCAAUGACAGGUCAGGGCUUCUGUCGGAGGUAUCUGCAGUCCUAGCGGACCUAGGGUGCAAUGUGAUGAAUGCUGAGAUUUGGACACAUAAUGCCAUAGCUGCAGCCGUUAUCCAGGUGACAGACCAGUCAACAGGACAUGCAAUUGAAGAACCGAAAAGACUUUCAAUGAUCAAGGAACUACUACUCUUCAAUGUCAUGAAAGGCAACAGUGAUUUUAGGAUACCUAGAAUGUCUAUUUCCUCUUCUGGUGUAACACAUAGAGGGAGAAGAUUGCACCAGAUGCUUUUUGCUGAUAGGGAUUUUGAGAGGCCUAAGAAUGUGGAAUUAAUUAAAAGUGCAAAACCCCAUGUAACUGUUCUGGAUUGCAGUGACAAAGAUUAUACAGUUGUGACUAUAAGGUCUCUGGAUCAACCAAAGCUAUUGUUCGACACUAUUUGCAGUCUAACAGACAUGGAAUAUGUGGUUUUUCAUGGAAUAGUCAUCACAGGGAGAAUGGAAGCUUAUCAGGAACACUACAUCAGGCAUGUUGACGGAGUCCCUAUAAGCUCAGAAGCUGAGCAACAACGAGUUGCAGUGUGUCUUGAAGCAGCCAUUGAGAGGCGAGCCUCAGAGGGCCUGGAAUUGGCACUUCGCACAGAUGAUCGGUUCGGACUCCUGUCAGAUAUUACAAGGAUAUUUCGUGAAAACGGUUUGUGCAUCAGAAGGGCUGAAAUAUCCACCAAGGGUGGGAAAGCAAGAGACACAUUCUUUGUCACGGAUGUCUCAGGUAAGCCAGUUGAUCCCAAAACUGUGGAUUUGAUCCAGCAUCAGAUAGGACAAGCCAAUCUUCAUGUAAAAUGGAAUUCCUUCGUAUCUCCGAAACUUCCCAAGAUGACAACAAGAAGUUUCCUUUUUGGGAACUUCUUUAGAGGACGAAGUUUCCUAAACUUUAAACUCAACAAAUCUUGCUCAUAAUCUCUCUUCCCUAUUAGUUUUUGGAAGGGAGCAGCGGAGUGUUUCCUUGAGAAAAUACACCGAAGAAGGCACCUCAGAACAGUUAAAAAGAAGGAAAAAGGCAGCUGGCUACUAUCCUAUUUUGGUAUGUAAAUUGUACAUAAUUAAUAUGAUAGAAUACUUUGCUUGUAAGGCUUAGAUUCGGUUCCUACUACCAACGAUCCUCUCGAUGAACGAUCUGUAAAUCUAAUGUAAAUCUUCAUUAAGAGUCAUGAAAUGAGAUAAUCAUCCCUC